ACGCGAGCGCGCUGUCGAGUACUAGUGACGUCACGCGACGGUCUUCUCGGUUCGUGAACAGGGUGGCGCUCUGCCUGGGGACUCAGUCUUCGCGGUGGGAGUCAUGGCCACUCGUCGAGCUCUGCAUUUCGUAUUCAAAGUGGGGAACCGCUUCCAGACGGUGCAUUUCUUUCGAGAUGUCCUGGGGAUGCAGGUUCUGCGCCAUGAGGAAUUUGAAGAAGGCUGCAAAGCUGCAUGUAAUGGGCCUUAUGAUGGGAAGUGGAGUAAAACAAUGGUGGGCUUUGGGCCUGAGGAUGAUCAUUUUGUUGCAGAACUGACGUACAAUUAUGGCAUUGGAGACUACAAGCUUGGCAACGACUUCAUGGGAAUCACACUUGCUUCCAGCCAGGCUGUCAGCAAUGCUAGGAAGCUCAAGUGGCCACUCAGUGAAGUUGCAGAAGGAGUUUUCGAAACUGAGGCCCCAGGAGGAUAUAAGUUCUAUCUGCAAGAUCGAAGUCUCUCCCAAUCAGAUCCUGUAUUAAAAGUCACUCUAGCAGUGACUGAUUUCCAGAAGUCCUUGAACUAUUGGUCUAAUCUCCUGGGAAUGAAAAUUUAUGAGCAGGACAAGGAGAAGCAGAGGGCUCUGCUGGGCUAUGCUGAUAACCAGUGUAAGCUGGAGCUGCAGGGUAUCAAGGGUGCAGUUGAUCAUGCAGCAGCCUUUGGAAGAAUUGCCUUUUCUUGUCCUCAGAACGAGUUGUCAGACAUAGAAGCCUUGAUGAAAAGGGAGAACCAGUCGAUCCUGACUCCACUGGUGAGUCUGGAUACCCCCGGGAAGGCGACAGUACAAGUAGUCAUCCUGGCUGACCCUGAUGGACAUGAAAUUUGCUUUGUUGGGGACGAAGCUUUUCGAGAACUUUCUAAGAGGGAUCCCAAAGGAAACAAGUUAUUGGAUGAUGCAAUGGCUGCAGACAAAAGUGAUGAGUGGUUUGCCACGAGAAAUAAACCAAAGGCUUCGGGUUAAUGGAAGACAUGCGAGAGCAGCGCUUAAACUCCAGUCUGGCGUCUGAGUCUAGUGCGGCUGUUUACAAUGAACACUGUGUCCAACACAGACAAGAGGCUCAUGGGGUAGUUUCACUCUUCAAAGCUUUAUGUUCUAGAAAUGAAAUGUUUUUUUAUCAUU